GAACAGGAAGCUUCAUCAAACAGCACUUCAUUUUAGACACUCUGAAAACAACAACCAACGAUCUGAUAUUUACUCACAGGAAACAGAAGUCAGCAAAGACAACACAAAGAUCUCCCAGACAAGGAAGCCACUAACAUGACUGCUGUUCAAAGAGGAUGUGGAAGUAUAUCUCUUGAGCGACCUGAUAUGAGUGAUUUGAGGAUUGUUCUGCUGGGGAAGAAUAUAACAGAAAACAACAGAGUGGGAAACUUCAUCUUAGGAAGAGCAGCGUUUGAGAGUGAAGGACCUGCUGAUGUAGACCUGAACAUUGAGAAAUACAGAGGAAAACUGAAGGACAGAGACAUCACAGUCAUCAACACUCACCUGCUGAGGCCAAAUCUGUCAAUCACUCAGAUCACACAGGGAGUGAAAGAGUGUGUGAAUCUGUCUGCUCCUGGACCUCAUGUGAUCAUACUUGUACUGCAGCAGAACGACUUCAGUGACAAUAACAAACACAGAGUGAAAUAUGUGCUGAAUGAAUUCAGUAAGGAGGCUCUUAAACACACUAUAGUGUUGACUGAUGAGAGAGAGAUAAACAAUAACUGUAUUCAUCAAUUAAUAAAGGAGUGUGGAGGUGAACAUCUUCAGUUUGAUGAAAGAAAAUCAGGUUUACACUCUGAGAUACUUGAAAGAGUGGAGAAGAUACUCAAAGAAAACCAGGACCAAUUUCUUAUCUCUGACUUGUAUGAGGAAGCAGGAGAAGAAACACCAGAAGAUGGAGAGAAGAGCAGAUCUGGAGAUUCAGUCACAGCAGAAGAAGAGGGAGAUUUUGAUCAUGAAGAUGAUGGAAAAAUCAAACAGAGAAACAAAGAGAAAAAGGAAGUCGCUGCCCAAAGGAAAACCUUGUUCAUGGCAUCCUCCAGUGGUCCAGCACUAAAUGAGGAGCUCCAGUGCUCCAUCUGUCUGGUAGUGUUCACUGAUCCAGUCACCACUCCAUGUGGACACAACUUCUGCAGUACCUGCCUGAGCAAGUGCUGGACGAACACACAGACCUGCUUCUGUCCAUUCUGUAAAGAAGAAUUCAGCAAAAGACUUAAUCUCAAGAUUAAUUCAACACUCGGAAAGCUUGUGCAACACUUCAAUAAGCUUAAUCAAGAAUCUAAAGUGUUCUGUGACUUCUGUGAUGAAAGAAAGCAGAAAGCUGUGAAGUCCUGCCUGACGUGUCAAAGCUCUUACUGUGUCUCUCAUCUGGAGCUUCAUCUCAGAGUCCCAUGUCUAAAGAAACACACACUGAUCAACGCUGUGGAAAAUCUGGAGGAUUAUAUAUGCCAGAAGCAUGAGAGACCUCUGGAGAUGUUCUGCAGAGAUGAUCAGACGUGUGUUUGUCUGUUCUGCACUGAAGGAGAACACAGGACUCACAACACUGUUCCUAUAGAGGAGGAGAGUCAAGAGAAGAAGACACAGACAGAUGAGCAGCAGAUGAUCCAGAAGAGAAUGAAGAAAAUUCAACAGAUCAAACACUCAGUAAAGCCAAGAAAAACUCUUAUCUCCAAUGACUGUUUCCUUACUUCAUCUCGAACCGUCCAUAUUUCAAACUGGAUGGUUAUUGGUCUGGGUGUCCUGUUGGUAGCAGCGUUGAUCAUCCUGCCUAAACAAUAUACUAGAUGUCAGUCUGAGCAGCUGAAGAUGAAGGAACAGCAAAAAGAAGCAGAGAAACAGGGUGCAGAUCUCACAAAAGAGCUGCAGCAGGAAAUUACUGAGCUGAAGAAGAAAAACAUUGAGCAAGAGAAGAGAAACACUGAGCUGGAGAAGAGAAACAUUGAGCAAGAGAAGAGAAAUAUUGAGCAAGUGAAGAGAAACACUGAGCAGGAGAAGAGAAACACUGAGCUGGAGAAGAGAAACACUGAGCUGGAGAAGAGAAACACUGAGCUCUCACACACUGACGAUCAUCUCUACCUCAUACAGAUGUACCUGAACACCCUUUCACACACCAAGGACUGGACUGAGAUCAGUAGUGUCUCUGAUGUGGAUGUGAGCUCUCUGAAAAGAGUUCUGACUGAACUGAAGAAACUGCUAAAUGAAAAACUCACUGUGUUGAAGUUUGUGCAGAAGUUCUCAGUGGAUGUGACUCUGGAUCCUGAUACAGCAAAUCCAUUUCUCAUCCUGUCUGAUGAUGGAAAGCAAGUCGGUGAUGGAGACAUUAAGAAGGAUGUCCCAAAAAACCCAAAGAGAUUUGAUGCCUGGUUUUGUGUUCUGGCAAAGCAGGGAUUUAGUUCAGGGAGAUUUUACUAUGAGGUGCAGGUGAAGGGAAAGACUGUGUGGGAAUUAGGAGUGGCCAGAGAAUCCAUUAACAGGAAGGAGAACACAAACAAUAGUCCUGUGAAUGGAUACUGGACAGUGACUCAGUGGACUGAGAAUAAUUAUGCAGCUCGUGACAGCCCAUUUGUCUCUUUAUCUCUGAGAGUGAAACCUGAGAAGGUGGGAGUGUUUGUGGAUUAUGAGGAGGGUCUGGUCUCUUUUUAUGACGUGGACUCCAGAUCUCAUAUCUACUCUUUCACUGGUCAGACUUUCACUGAGAAACUCUAUCCAUAUUUCUAUACGGGCAAUAAUGAUAAAGGUAAAAACUCAAAGCCACUGAUCAUCACACCUGUCAACUGAAACAAACUAAAAACAUCAAAUAUGAAAUGAUUAAAUGUGGAUGUGAUGUUUUCAGAAUAUGUAAAUAAAAACCAAAAAAGAAUUUGCACAAUCAAGUAGAUUUUACUUACAGAUAUAAAGAAAACAAACAAAUUUUUGUAUAUUUUUGCUGGGUAGUAUUUUUCUUUCAUACUGACGUGAAGGAUCUUGGUAAGCGCUGCUCGAGCUGCGCUCCGUCUGCUGUCUAUCCCACUGAAAAAUUAACUGGGAUCUCAUGGUUGUACUGUAGCCUACUAAGUAAAAUGCACCCCCGGACCAAGGGUAUAAUGUAUAUUAAUAAAAUAAAGUAAUAAUGAAUAAGUAGGUAACUACAAGCUGGACAAUGUGCCAAAACAGCCAAGCCAUCGGGAUUUCACUUUUCCCAGCUGCUCGUGAUGGCCAGUCCGAGACUGCCUUAUGUUUAGCACAGUUAUUAUAUUAAUAAUAAAAAUGAUAGCACUUCGGGUGGAAAAGGUCAUCUGUGUUCAGUCUUUUAAACUACUCCUCAACAUGCAUGUAGUGUAAAUAAAGCAGUUACAUCAAUGAGAUGAUAGUAGUCCGCGGACACACCCCCGUGCUAAUGGUACAGCCCACAGCGCAAAUU